AUGCAGGGAACACUAGGCCUCGCUCCUACACACUCUCUCCUCACCCAGCCGUCGCGCCGCCGCACUAUGUCCGUGCGCGCCCCCGUGGCGAAGAUGGCACCGCCGGCGGCUGCCUGCGGAAAGAGCCUCUACGAGGUCCUCCGGGUCAGGCGCGACGCGUCGCAGGUUGAGAUUAAGGCGGCGUACCGGACGCUCGCCAAGUUGUACCAUCCAGAUGCGAUUUCACGAUUCAUGGACUCGCCGGCAGCGGCGUCAUCCGACGGCCGUGAUUUCAUCGAGAUUCACAACGCGUACACUACCCUGUCAGAUCCGGACACCAGAGCAAGUUACGACUUGAAAUUGGCCAUUGAUUCGCAGCGCCGGUGGAGCGCGCUUGGGGUGCGCGGGAACCGGCGGAGAUUUUACUCCACACGGAGAUGGGAAACGGAUCAGUGCUGGUGA